AUUUUUCCCACUUCAUGAAGCCUCCUCUCCCUCGGCUCUCUCUCUGAUAUUUUUCUCUAGCUAGCUCUCAUUUUCUCUAUAAAGUCUUCACUGACAACAUCUAACCUGUUGGGAGAAAAAUUACCUAUACCCAAAGGGAAUAUUAAUUGUAUUCUAGCUGCAGGCCAGGCCAUUAGAUCAUCAGCCUCUCAAAAUGAGGAAGCCAGAGCCCUUCUCAGCUGGGAAAGACAGCCAUUCCAACAACAAGCUUAGAAAGGGCUUAUGGUCACCAGAAGAGGAUGACAAGCUCAUGAACUACAUGCUGAAGAAUGGCCAAGGUUGUUGGAGUGAUGUGGCUAAAAAUGCAGGCUUGCAGAGGUGUGGAAAGAGCUGUCGCCUUCGCUGGAUUAAUUACUUGAGGCCUGACCUUAAGAGAGGCGCAUUCUCACCCCAAGAAGAAGCUCUCAUGAUCCAUUUGCACUCCCUUCUUGGCAACAGGUGGUCUCAAAUUGCAGCACGCUUGCCAGGGAGAACUGACAACGAAAUAAAGAACUUUUGGAACUCAUCAGUGAAGAAGAGGCUAAAGACUUUGUCAGCCACAACCUCAUCAACAAGCACAAGCGAUUCAUCAUCGCCUAAAGAUGGUAUGGGAUCUGGACUCAUGAUUUCCAUGCAAGAACAAGGCAUCAUGCCAAUCAUGUACAUGGAUUCAUCAUCGGCAUCAUCUUCCAUGCAAAAUAUGGCCGGCCUAAACCACAUGGUUGAUCCAUUGCAUAUGCUUCAGCAUGGCCUGAACAUGUCCAGUGCAUGUACUGGAUACCUUAACACACCACAAUACAUGACUCAAAUUGGUGUAGGUACUGGAGAUAGUUUUGAUGGGGAAAAUGGGGCCUUUGGGGGUCUUGAUAUUGGGUUAGGGGAGUUGUUUGUUCCUCCUUUAGAGAGUGUAAACGUAGAAGAUCAGAAAGCUAAAGCUGAAAAUACAAAUAAGUGGUCAAUGAAUAACAACACCGGCCUGUAUAACACGAACAACAUCAGCAAUUACAAUAACAACAUUAAUGCUAGAGCAGAAAACUUAGCUCGGGUUAAUGGAAACUGUUGGGAAGUAGAUCAAGAGCUUAGAAUGGGGGAAUGGGACUUGGAGGAGUUGAUGAAAGAUGUUCCCUCCUUUUCUUUAGUUGAUUUCCAAAUUCAGUAAUCGUUUGACACUUCCAACAUUCCUUUUUUCUCUUUUUAAUCUUUUAGGAUGUUUCUUUAUGUGAAACUCUUUUCCCUUUUCAUAGAACUAGCUCUAUACCGAAUGAUCAUCAUUGUCAUAGCUAGGUUUCAUAAGAAGUAAAAAAGAUCCUUUUUCAUAACAAACUACCCUAUAUAUAUGUGGCUUUUGGGUUGCCUUAUAGCUAGCUGAGUUUCUUUUCCACUGUACUGUAUGGGAUCGAGGGUAUGAAUAAAUAAAGGUCAAGCGAUUACAGGAGUAUAUAUAUAGUGGUGACCAUAUAUAGAUGAUUCUUGUAAGUAUGUAUACAUUGCAUGUGCUAUUAGGACAGUAAAUUUGGUCAUUUUCUGACCAUCCGACUAUGAUCUGUAAUAAUCUUCUUGCAUUGGAAUAUACACAGAAGUAGAGACAAGAUAAUUAGCUGGUGUUUGUGUGUAUAUGUAUCAUGAGAUGUACAGAACAUAUAAUAUUGGGGUGAAAGUUGUUAUUAGUGGCAGAUUAUAUAGACAUUGAUGAUGAAUA